AAUGAAUGAGGCUCGAGCAAGGAUCAUAAUAAACCUGCGGCUGUCGAUGGACUCGCUGAUGCGAGUUUUCAGUCACCGAUCACCACCUCCUUCAUUUGGAUUUGCUUGCGAUGUCGGUGCACAUCCAUCAUCAACUGCACAAAACUUGCCAAUGACAUAUGGAAGUGUUCGCGAAAUGAUUGACGAUUUUAGUAUUGUUUUUGGAGUUCCAAAGUAUAGAACUAGCAAACCAAAGAAAGUAACUCGCAAGUUCUCAUUCACACGCCUUCUUCAACCGAUUGAUAAUCUUGUGACAUGUCCAGCGUGCUCGAAUAUUCAUCCAUCGGACACUAUUUGUGAUGCCUGCUACGCCAAAGUUCAUCAAUUGACUUCGGAAAUAAAAAAAAAAAUGAUGCAGUACAAUCCAUAUGUUGGAGAGAAACAGGAUAAAGAAGUAUAUGUGAAAUUCAGAGGAGAACCAGAUGCACCGGCAGCAGUUGUUAAAGGAAAGCGAGUUCUCGAAAUUGAAAAAGAACGACCGACUUGGUUCAAGAAGUUGACACUAAAAGAAUGAUUUUCCUCUAUUUUUAUAGGUUUUUAUAGAUUUGUUCGUUUUCCUUGUUUUUGUUCAUUCAUCAUUUUUUUUUUUAUUGGAGUCAUAAAUAGAAAAACCUCUUACCAUUUUCU